UCUUUCAACUUCCUCAAUCGAAAAAUAAAUAAAUAAAUAAAUAAAUAACCAAACAAACAACCCAACUAUGUGUAAGAAUUGGGUUGUCUUUGCUUUCAUCUUUUUGGUUCUCCUUAGUGGCGUCUCUUCGGCUUCAGCCACACCUCCUGCCAAAAUCGUAAGUGGGGUUGUCUCCAAUAUCGUCUCUGCACUUGUUAAGUGGCUCUGGUCAGUCAAAUCCAACACUAAAAAAGAUACAGCUGUCUCUAGCCGUUCGAUGAUAAAAUUUGAAGAUGGACAUGCAGUGGAGACGGUUUUUGAUGGAAGUAAGCUUGGAAUUGAGCCAUACUCGGUUGAGUUAUCUCCAAGUGGAGAGCUCUUGGUUUUGGAUUCACAGAAUAGUAAUAUUUACAAGAUCCAAACACCAUUAUCUAGAUAUAGCAGGCCCAAGCUGAUUGCUGGAUCAUCUGAAGGGUACUCUGGACAUGUAGAUGGGAGGCUAAGAGAAGCAAGAAUGAACCACCCAAAAGGUCUUACGGUGGAUGACCAAGGAAACAUAUAUAUAGCAGACACAAUGAAUAUGGCUAUCAGAAAGAUAAGUGAUGGAGGGAUUACAACUAUUGCAGGUGGAAAAUGGGCUCAUGGGGGUGGUCAUGUUGAUGGUCCAAGUGAAGAUGCAAAGUUUUCAAAUGAUUUUGAUGUGGUCUAUAUUGGAAGCAGCUGCUCUCCCUUUGUUAUAGAUCGAGGAAACCAGGCAAUUCUAGAGAUUCAACUUCAUGAUGAAGAUUGUAGCUAUCAAUAUGAUGGUAGUUUCCACUUAGGGAUAGCAGCGCUAGCUGCUGCUGCAUUCUUUGGCUACAUGCUAGCAUUUUUGCAACGUAGCGUACAAGCAUUAUUUUCUUCCAAUGAUGAUUCAAGAGCUUGUACAAAGAAAGGUGCACCAAAUGCACCAUACCAAGGGAAUCCUAAAUCAUUCAGGCCCCCUUUGAUUCCAAAUGAAGUUGAGCUUGAGAAACCAGAUGAGGGCUUUUUGGGUUCCCUCGGGAGGCUUGUCCUCAACACUGGAUUAACUGUAGGUGAAAUUUUUGGGGGAUUAUUUUCAGGCUUCAGAAGGAAGCCCAUCCACUACCAGUUUCAACAGCAAUACCAGUACCAACAAGUUCUCCAACAUUCAAAUGCAUGGCCAAUGAAAGGAAGUUUUGUGAUUCCUAAUGAAGAUGAGCCACCAUCAAUAGAAACCAGAACUCCUACCCCAAAUAAAACGUAUCCAUGCAUGAUCAACGACAUGGAGAAGGACCACCAAUUCAAGCAAAACCAUAGUUGCCAUAGAGGGUGGGAUGGCGAGCAUCACCAACAGAAACAGCAACAGCAACAGCAGCAAAUGCAAACGCAGAUGCAGAUGCAGAUGCAGCACCACCACCAGCAACAGCAGCAUCAUCAUCAUAGGCAUUAUACAUCUAACCCAAAAGCAUACUAUGAAAAGAGCUGUGAGACAAAUGAGAUUGUGUUUGGGGCUGUUCAGGAACAGGAUGGUCGGCGUGAAGCUGUGGUGAUAAAGGCUGUUGACUUUGGAGAUCCUAGGUCCAAUCACCAUAAUAUUCGACCUCGAUUCAACUAUGUUGGUUACCCUCAUGGGUAUUAAUCAUGUACUUGUAUUACUGGAGGGGAAAACAAAAACAAUAUUUUGAGCUUUACAUGUGAGUUAUGAAGAUGAGUAUGGAAAAUAUAUCUAGGAAGAAGCCUUUUACUGUUUUUCAAUAUAUUUCAUUUGUUUAUUUAUAUUUUUUAA